GUGGGACUCUGAAGUCUCUACCUAAGGUUUGGUAACACGGUAUAACUGUGUGACUGUAAGACAUCGARUGUGUGACAGUAAACGGUUCCCUCCUUUCACAUCAUCUCUCUAAACCAAGUCUCCUUUCCCCAGCUACGUCUGCAGACCGUUUCUACCGUAUAGACAAGGCCCAGGAGCACCUGCACUAUGUGACAGAAAUCUGCCAGGAAGAGGUGUUUAUCCUGGACCAAGAUGGACUAGCGGGGGGACCGGCCACAGGCAUGCCUGACCUGGUGGUGGAGCCCAACUCUGGGAGCCCUCUGACGUCUGAGGAACAAGCAAUGCUGACGGCUGCCUCCUCUGGGGACCUGACUACGUUGUCGGGCAGCUUCUUUCGCGGGACCAGCCUCCUGGUGAGGGAUUUUACUGGUUGUAGUGCACUACACCUGGCCUCUCAGCACGGACACACUGAAGUGGUCCGCUUCAUACUGGAGCACGGGUCAAAGGUGCUCCUGGAUUUAACCAACAGAGAAACAGGAGACACUGCCUUGCACAAAGCGGCCUCUCAGAAGCAUCACACUGUGUGUCGUCUUCUCAUGGACUCCGGAGCUUCCCUCAUCAAGACCAACUUCAAGGUUAGAACCUCACACACGCACCUACUCAUACUGCACCACACACACAGUCAAACCACAGUAGAGGAAGCUCGUGAAUUGCGGGGGACCAAAGAGCUGGCUUUCCUACCUUGA